CUGCGGUGAACAAUAGUGGAGGUUAGCGGUUGUGUGUAGUCGGCGUGCUUGUGUUUUCGCGAGCUUCUUGCGAAGGUGAAGCAGGGGGCGAUGAUGCCGGUUCACUAAGCGAUCGUAUUUGCACGCUAUUUCCUAACGAAAGCUCCCGGUUCAGGCGUAUCGUCAAAAAGAUAGGAUCGAGGACCGCUACAGCUAUAUACUACAAGACAAGAGCGCCAACGUCGAACAGCGCAAGCCAUGGCGUUCUCCUUGGCUGGUCGCUUAAGCCUGGCGUCGACUGCGGCCGCAGUACUUCGGUCGCGCGUGCGUCUCCUCUGCACCGCGCCGAUCGCCGACAAGAUCUCCAAGCUCGUCAGUCAGGACAAGGUCGUCGUUUUCAUGAAGGGCGUCCCUGAACAGCCCCGAUGCGGCUUCAGCAACGCCGUGGUUCAAGUGCUUCGCAUGCACGGCGUCGACUACAGCUCGCACGACGUGCUCCAAGACGAGGCACUUCGUCAAGGCAUCAAGGACUUCAGCAACUGGCCUACAAUACCGCAGGUGUACAUCAACGGUCAGUUUGUGGGCGGCUGCGACAUCCUGCUACAGAUGCACCAGAGCGGCGAGCUGGUCGGCGAACUGGCCAAAGUGGGCAUCAAGUCGCUCCUCAUCGACUCCGUGUCGUCGUCCGACGAAGCAGCCGGCGAAAAACAGGAGAAACGGUAACGGAACGGUGUGCUCGGUAUAUUAGCGGGAGACCCUUUCGGCGACGUUUCGUGUACACGGGUUCGGCAGUGAACACAGACUCUAGAUAUCGCCUUAUCAGAAACCUCGUGCACCGACCUGCGGUCUGCCAGGGUGAAGUGAAAGCUCUUUUGUGCUCGGGUUGGCAAUUGCUGAGGAGCCGCGCAUCCCGUUAACCAAAGCGAAGAGUGUCGGCGUGCGAUGUUUCCAGCAUCGUCUUGCGAACAAAAGACUUUCUGCUCUGGGACCAACGAGAGACAGUCGGUUGUGGCGCGAAUCCAACAUCGACCGCUAGAGAAGCCCGUUGUAGUCCCUCUUCCGGGGCUACGUGACUGCCGGUUGCGCGGUUAUGGAGGCGUCCCGCCCCCCGCCCUCCUUUUUUUUUUUUUUCUCCCCUUCGGCUUUCUCUCUCUCUCUCCUUGUUUUCCCUCCUGCCGUCUGUUGUGUGCAUUGCGUCUCGUGUGGAUAUUUUAUUGUAAAGUAAAACGGCCAGCGUGUUUUCUAGUUUUUAUUUUUCGUCGAAGCUACUGGUUUAAAGCGCACAAGUUUUGUGAUUUACCGGCCAUUGGAGCUCCUUAUUUUAGCUGCUCUGCAAUAAAUUUUUUCUUUCCACCUG